AUGGAUAUCAUUCUCGAAGACCCUUCGGCCGUCGAUUCGAGCAGCGACGCUUUCCUUCUACGCACAGGUAUCCAAGCAGAAUACUCUGCGCCACGAGGCCGGCCAAUGCAAUGCGCAUGCGCUUCAUGGCCAGAGGACUACGUGAGUCGGUGGCUGGCGGGGUUUACUCAACCAGCAAACGCCGCACAGGCAAUACCUACAGAGCAGGAUAUUCCCACCUCGCUUAUGCUGAUGUACCAUGAGUUUACAAAUCCAGCUACGACAGGAAGCUGUUGA